AUGGAUGAAAAUGAACCAUACUUGCUAGAUUAUAAACCUUAUUACACGCAAACUAAAAAUAUAGUUGAUUUCUAUAAAGAAGCUAAAUAUAAUGAAUUAGAAAAUAUAUUCGAUCCUACUACUGAUUUCAAUACUAAAUAUGCUGUACGUAUGGCUAAAUUACUUAUACAAACAUAUAUAGUUGAGUAUCUAUCUACUAAAGAAGAUAUGGAAGAAUAUCUUAUAGAAACAUUUAAUAUACUAAAAGAUCAUGUUGAAGCAAUAGAAAACCAAAGAAAUUUAAAUCUUGCAUACAUGAUCGCUAUAGAUGCUUUUAAAGAUAUAUUCUGUCCUAUGGAUAAAGAAUUUUUAGAUAUAGAAGCAGAAAAAAUUGAAAAUAUAGAAAGUGCUAAUAAUUAUGUGAGUAAAUAUGUGUUUAUUCCCUUUCAUAGAGAACUAUCCAUGCCAGAUAUUUUACGUACUUGCUACAAAAAUAAUGAAUUGUCCCUAACUGGCAUGGCUUCUAGUUCUAGGAAUACAUCCAACCCAUCCAUGCAUUUCUCUCCUACUAACCUAGAAUAUCUUUCUGGUUUAGAAAAGCUUACUAUUGGGACAGAAACUAGCAUACUUACUCUACUUUGCUGUUGCUUCUAUAACAGCACAGAUAUGGAGUACACUCUUAAAAAAAUUGAAAAUUCUCCCGUAGAAUUAAAGCAGUUCUUUACUAAGUACAGAGACCUAUUUGACACAGAAGAUUUAAGUGUUCACUAUGACUGGUAUAAAUUGUUUAAUACUUUGACACAUAAGAAUUCGUCAAAUUCUAGCCUUAAACCCCAGUAUUGUAAUGGAGGCUUGCUAAGCAUGCUUUCUAUUAUUUUAGACAUAACUAAUAUGUUUGAAGUCAUAAAGGAAGAACUAAAUGAGCAUAUUAAAAAAGUAAGAGAAGAAAAAAACUUAAGCUCAAAACUGACGGCGGAUACUAAUAAUUUAGUUAAUAAAAUAUUGGCCUUGCUUUCAUUCAAUAAAAAAAUGGAAGUAUCGGCAGACACAGAUCUUAGAAUAGGCACACUUAAAAACCAUGAAUCUGAUAUAUUUGGGAAAUUGCAUAUAAGCAUCUCCACUACUUCUUCAAUUGUGAGAAAAUUAACUAUCAAUUUUAAUUUUGAUAAAACAACUGCUGAAUAUGUGGGUAUGCAUAUAUCUAAAGAAGAUCCUGUGACAAACAAGUGUGUUAAUUCUAUAUCUAAUUCAGAAUUGGAUUUCAAUUUUUAUCCUACUGUCAACUCUUCAAAUGAAAGUCUAAAUUACAUUAUAUACAAAAUAGAUAGAUUAAAAGCGAUAUAUAAAGAGGAAGGGUCAUGCCAUAUUACAUUUUUUAAUUCUAAUCUAUGUAGGCAUAAAGAAUUAGAUCUAAAUCAUCUAUUUUCAUUCGGAAGAAUUAUAUAUACAUCCGAUAAAAAGCAGAUAGUAAAUUGUAUCUCGUCAUUUGAUUAUAAUAAUAGUGAUAGAAAUAACUAUUUCAUUGGUAAAAAUGUUAUUAUUAAUAUUGUAGGAAGUAUGAUAAAUUUCAAAACAAGCGCAAUAGAUAAAGUAUUUUGUGCUAUUACUUCUGAUUGGGGGAUUGACUGCUUUAAUGAUGAUAUAAUAAUGGAUGAAAAAGUUUAUUCGAAAUUAAAGCCUGCUACUAGAUUUGUGAUGCCAAAAUUAGAUUGAGAUGAUAAUUUAGAUAAAGA